GCGCCAUGUUCCAGUCCUUCUUCUCCUCCGCCUCCUCCUCCUCCCCGUCUUCCUCCUCCUACAGGGAACCCAGUUUCCUCCCACCGGUCUUCUGCUCCGCCGCGGCUCCUCACGGACUCCUCUCCGACGCCAAUGGCUGCCUCCCCCCUUUCCCUUCCUCCAUUCCUCCUUAUACGUCCUCCCCGUCCCCUUAUUACCUCCACCGCAGCAGCAGCACGCACUCCCUGCCCCUUCGCCACCACUUUCCUGACGCCCUCAAUCCCCCGCCUCCUCCUCCGCCGCCGCUCUCGUCGUCUCCGUCCUCCUCCUCCUGCGACUACUUCGACUUCAACGCCGGUCCAGUGAGGAGGGUCCUCAGCACCGGCGACCUCCAGGGGGUGAAUGCUCUGCACGAGAGUUACAGCCAGGAAGGAGGAGUCAUUGCUGGGAGAGUCGGACGAUACAGCGCCGAGGAGAGGAAGGAAAGGAUCGAAAGGUAUCGCAGCAAGCGCAACCAACGGAACUUCCACAAAAAGAUCACUUAUGCAUGCAGGAAGACGCUGGCUGACAGCCGGCCGCGGGUUAGGGGCCGGUUCGCGAGGAACGGCGAGAUGGAGACAGAGACGGAGGUCGAGACGGAGACAGCGGGCGCGAGCAGCUUUGGCUGCGUCGGCCACCACAACUACGAGCAAAAUCAAAGCUGCAGUGUCGGAGGCGACUGGUGGAGCCAAUUGCAGGCGGCGCUGGCGACGGAUGAGGAAGACGAGAGCUGCUACGACGAGGACCUCCUCGCCAGCUUCGCCGACGUCUUCACCAUGAGCAAUCUCUCCUGAACUCCAAAGCAGCAGAGAAAGAGACGAGGGUAGUACUGGAAGCUCGGUCGUAGGUGCAGCGGCAGUAAAUUCCUGUUGUAGUCUUCUGAUGUCUCGAAGCGCGACCUCGGGGCAGUUCCUUUUCUCUCCUCCUCAGAUACUUCUAUAAAUCUCACAGCUUUCUCAGUCAACUUGAUGCCAUUGUAUUAAAUCUCUGCAUGAGAGAGAACAAAGAGUCACGCUUACUGAGAUUUAUAUGGCCACAGAGAAUAAGAACAA